AUGGAAGAAAAGAGUGCAGGAGGCUGGUGUCCAUCAGAAAGUAACCAUUACCAGUGGCUACAAGUGGAUUUUGGCAAUAGGAAACAGAUCAGCUCAAUUGCUACUCAAGGCAGAUAUAGUAGUUCUGACUGGGUAACUCAGUACCGAAUGCUUUACAGUGAUACAGGGAGAAAUUGGAAGCCAUAUCACCAAGAUGGAAAUGUUUGGGCAUUUCCUGGAAAUGUAAAUUCUGACACUGUGGUACGACAUGAUUUACAGCAUCCAGUUAUUGCCCGCUACAUUCGGAUACUUCCUCUGGAAUGGAGUGGGGAGGGCCAAAUUGGUCUGAGGAUCGAGAUCUAUGGCUGUCCUUAUUGGGCUGAUGUUAUCACUUUUGAUGGCCAUGCUGUAUUACCGUAUAGAUUUGGACACAAGAAGAAAACACUGAAAACCCUGAAAGAUGUCAUCGCUUUGAAAUUUAAAACCAUUGAAAGUGAAGGUGUACUCUUCCAUGGAGAAGGCCAGCAAGGAGAUUAUAUCACCCUAGAACUGAAAAAGGCCAAACUGGUUCUUAAUUUAAAUCUAGGAAUGUGUGAAUUGAAAUAUUCCUGA